AUGGUUUCCUUGCGCAACCUCGCCAUCGGCGCCAUUCUGGCCGUCGCCGGCAUGGCCCAAAACGUCGCCCCGGGCCGAGUGACAGGCGACACCUUCACCCACGACCCGACGGUCGUCAAGAAGCCGGACGGUUCGUAUAUCAUGGCCUUCACCGCCGAUAACGUGGGACUCAAGACUUCGACCGACCGCACCAACUGGCGUGACGUGGGCGCCGCGUUCCCCAACGGCGCCCCUUGGACGACGCCCUAUACUGGCGGCAUCCUCAACCUCUGGGCCCCCGACAUCUCCUACCAUAAUAACCAAUACUACCUAUACUACUCGGCUUCGAGCUUCGGCAGCCGCCGCUCAGCCAUCUUCCUUGCCACGAGCCCCACUGGCGCGCCCGGCUCGUGGACCAACCAAGGUGUCGUCGUCGAGACGUUCGAGAGCGAUAGCUAUAAUGCCAUUGACCCGAACCUCAUUGUCGACGCCGAGGGCGAUUGGUGGCUUAGUUUCGGCUCGUUCUGGGGUGGCAUCAAGAUGAUUGCCGUGGACUCGUCCACCGGGAAGCGCUCCGGUAACCAGCUGAUCUCCCUCGCCGCCCGCCCCAGCGUCCCCGACGGUCCCGUCGAGGCACCUUAUAUUACUCGUCACGGCGACUACUACUAUCUUUGGGUAUCUUUUGAUAAGUGCUGCCAAGGUGCUGACAGCACCUACCGCAUUAUGGUUGGCCGCUCUACCAGCGUCACCGGACCCUACGUCGACAAGUGCGGCAAGCAGAUGAUGCAGGGCGGCGGCACCAAGGUCAUGUCGAGCCACGGCUCUAUCAACGGGCCCGGCCAUAACGCUGUCUUCACCGACAACGACGGUGACGUCCUCGUAUACCACUACUACAGGGACGACGGCGUUGCGCAGAUGGGUAUCAACUUGAUCCGCUACACCAACGGCUGGCCUGUCAUCUACUAG